GACGUCACGUGAUAGAGAGGUAAGAAGAAUAAGUAUCAGUGGUACGUUCACUUUCGAGCAUCACUCGGUGUAGCCCGGUCGUCUGCUUGUAGUCCAAAGACUGUUUUAGAUUUUAGGGACCCUAUUCAUCAACAAAAGAACCAACAAUGGCAGAAGAGGCAGUCAACAAAGCUAAAAGUGAGGGCAAAAGUGAGCCAAAACGCGCUCAGCGUGCAACUUCCAACGUAUUUGCGAUGUUUCGCCCCAACCAAGUACAGGAAUUCAAAGAGGCUUUCACCAUGAUUGAUCAGAACCGAGAUGGUAUUAUCGAUCUUGAAGAUCUGAAGGAUAUGUACUCAAAUUUAGGCCGAAUUCCCCCAGAUUCAGAAUUAAACGAAAUGUUGAAAGAAGCUCCUGGUGCCCUCAACUUCACAACGUUCCUUAACUUGUUUGGUGAAAAAUUGAGCGGUACCGACCCAGAAAACACAAUCAUCGAUGCCUUCGCUAUGUUUGACGAUGAAGGAAAGGGUUGGUUACCAGAGGAGUACUUGAAAGAUUUACUCGAAAAUAUGGGUGAUAACUUCACAAAAGACGAAAUUAAACAAACGUGGAAGGAAGCACAGAUAGAAAAGGGCAGAUUUGAUUAUAAAGCCUUUACUGGUUUGAUCAAGGGUAAACAGUCAGAAGAUGAAAUAGCUGCAUAAAAGACGAAGUCCAUCCAUAAACUUUAUAUAUUUGAUCACCCCACCCCUCGCGUGUGACCCUCGAGCAAAGCAUGCUCUCAGGGUAGAACUCUUAUAUAAAUGUCUUAAUGACAUGACAAACUGGAAGCAGAGAGGAUCAUUCGCGACAUGGGUGAACUGUAGUGAUAUGAGAAAUUAGAAUAUAAAAAAAGAAACCAAAAUUAUGUUAGUGGAAUCUUUCGGGCCAAAGAGUGUUCAGCAUUCCAUUACUGAUAUUAGAUGACGGCAGGACAGAAGUUUCCAAAUUAAAUAAAUAAAUAAAUAAAGUCUCCCGGGCUCCAUCAUCGAGCGCUCCUAAGUCACUCUGCAUUUUAGACCUUCGCUUCUGUUCACGGUAUGUGAUAACCUAAUUAAGAAAGUGUUAUAAGAUACGGUAUUGUUUGAUCGAGGCUUGCCUCACCCUUCUGUUGGCCCGGAAGGUUCUGACAAUCGUUCCAAGAAGAAAAAAAAGAAAACCCAACUUCCCUACGGUAGUUAUGUCCCCUUCCUCGUCGGUUUCCAUGGAAAUCGAUCUUCUUUCUCAUCACUGUAAUCUGUGUAUACAUUUCAUAUUUAUGAUAAUAUAUUAUCUGGGGGAAGAUUUUAAUAUAAACGGCCGACCGAGUCAACUACCCCCAUUAAGGAUAUAUGAUGCUGUUUUAUGUACUAUAUAUAUGUAAAGUCUGACCUGUUGUUUUCUAUUGUGAGAUACAUGUGUUAUAUACAUUACAUAAACAUACACUGUACCGAGCAUUGUGUGAUCUCUCUAGAUUAAGCGCUUAAUACAGUAAGCAAGUACUUGCUGCUGGGGUGCAGCCAAUACCAACAGGUAGCAUCUUCUGCAUGGCUUUUCCCUGAUGUGGAUUGUUUUUAUGUGUCCUAAUUUAUUAAUAAAACCUGUGCACAGAGAAAA